AGAUCUUUGUUCAGGCUGGAAUAUAUUGAACAUAAUUGGACAUUGUGUUCACAGUGUGGCCAUUUUAUUAUCAUUUUGCAUCGUUAUUAGCUAUCACGGGCACUGCUUCCACUAGCCUAGCACGGAGGAAAGUGUUUUCUUAAACAUCUGUAAAAACCGCUGGGGCCGACUGGUAAUGUAGCAGAAAGUCUGGUCCACAGGCUGUGGGAGCGAGUGAAGGCGGUCUCCUCGUUCAAGACUGUCGACAGAAAUGAAGAGCCAGAAAAGCCCCGAACCUGAUGGGAGUGUUGCCGUCAACGAGGAAGGGUCUGUAGCCACUGCAGAAGAUCCAGCAGCUAUUGCCACCAUUCAAUCUGCAGCCACCUUCACCGACCAACCUAUCAAAUAUCUCUUCAAGACAGAAGGAGCAGGCGGGCAGGUGACCUACAGAGUGAUACAGGUGUCAGAUGGCCAGUUGGAGGCUCAGACAGAUGGAGCUGCAGCAGUCAGCCUGGUAGCCGGUUUCCCUGCAACCAGUCAGACUGUCACACAGGCUGUGUUCUCCCAGUCGGAGGGGUUGGAGGGAGAUGGCAGCACUGAGACACAGUACACAUAUUACCCUGCCACCAUUGCUGAUGCCACAACUGGCACCAUGGUGACCACAGUGCAGGCCUCUGACACACUGCUGGGCCAGACUACACCCACAGGGCAGCUCUAUGUGAUGAUGUCACCCCAGGAAGUUUUGACAGGAUCCAAUCAAAGGACAAUCGCACCUCGUACUCAGCCAUACAUAGCAAAGCAAGAGGCUCCCCGGGCUUCUAGAGAUGAGAAACGGCGAGCCCAGCACAACGAAGUGGAGCGCCGGCGGAGGGAUAAGAUCAACAACUGGAUUGUGCAGCUGUCAAAGGCCAUCCCAGACUGUAAUGUUGACUAUACCAAGACGGGACAGAGUAAAGGAGGAAUAUUGUCCAAAGCCUGUGAGUACAUCAAGGAACUGAGACAGAGCAACAUGAAGCUGGGGGAAGACAUCAGCGCUCUUGAUCGUCUCCGGAUCGACAACCAGCUACUCAGACAGGAGACGAUGGCCUUCAGUCAUGAGGGAUGCCCCCUGCAACAUCUCCACACAGCCAGCUGCCGUUUGACGCCUCUGCACAACCUGAAGCUCCAUUGUUCCAUUGAAGGAAAAAGCCCCCCAGAUCAUGAUGGCGCCCCCUCCACUGUGCCGUGUAGAAAUCAUCUCAGGUGGGAUCUCCUUGUCAUGCCAGUAACGUUGGAAGCCAUCAGGACCGUCAAGAUGGCGUCUAAUGGUUAUGGGACUGCAGUUGGCACCAGUGACAAGCUUAAUUUGGGCCGAGGAUUGUCCCGUGUCUUGAUGGACUGCCAAUUGGAUCCUCCGGCUCAGGGCUGGUGAAUUUUUUUUGGGUCUACCACUUGACUUUUUUUUCCCAUAACCCUUAGGAUCUUUUAAGAAGUUUAAAAUGACUGUCUUACUGCGUCCAACCUCAGCAGCAAUGGCACGCUGCGAGAGGCCGUGCUGAUGCAGCUCAACAAUCUGACCGCGUUCAAAGAGAGAAAGCUUUUUUGCCUUCGCCAUCAGGAGGUCGUGACAGUGUGGAUACCUGACAGAAAAUGACACUGAAUCCACAUUUUUGCGAAGAUUUGGGCUUUUAAAGGAUGUGGUCUUAAACUUUUGAUCAGCUGAUGAACAGCCUAUUUCAGUUUAAUGGUUGUUUGCAAUAAUUUGCUUACUCAGUUUUUUUUUGUCUCACUCCUAUUUCUUCUUUUUGCAUUUUGAAACACUACUUAGAACCUUCUUAAGAUCCAACAGUGCAAAAUGUGAAUUCUUGCAAUUUAUCAACGGGUCUUAAAAUUUUGAUCAGAAGUGUAUUUACGUUGAUGCUGCAGCUUGUAAGACAAAGCAGAUAAAGAGAGGAGAGAGUUGAUGUCAGCUAUUACCUAGUUUUACAGAGUAACAACUAAAUACAAUAUUUAGAUAUUACUAUAUAAAGAACUUCUGGGAUGGACUGAUGAUAUGUCAAAGGUGUACCCUCUCACCUAAUGUCAGCUGGGAUAGACUCCAGCCCCCCCGUGGCCCUCAAAGGAUAAGCGUUACAGAUAGAUAAUGGAUGGAUAUAUAAAGAACCUCUUUACUUGACAGACUAGUUGAUGUGAUAGUUGACACCAUUUUGUCACCUGACGGUCACCAUAGACUCUCCGACACACUUGGAAAAGGUGAGGGGUGAGGGAAUGGGUAUUCAGUUGGCUGCAGUCUGUGUUCACACCACUAGAUGCCACUAUGUCCCACACACUGGUCCUUUUAUUUUAGUUUGUUUAUGAAAUGUCCUAAAACUGAAAAUUUUCCAAUGUCUGGAAGCCCAAGGUGAUGUCAGUAAAGAUAUUUAGUUUAUUGUUUUAUAAGACAAUGAAAGAAAGGAAACAACUCCUCAUAUAUGAGAAGCUGGAAAGCUUGAAAAUUUACUUAAGCCAUUGAUAAUCAAAAUAGUUGCAGAUCAGUUUUCUUUUGCCCAAGUAAUCAGUUAAUUGACUAAUUGAUCUCAUGAAGUAGAGUGGAUUUUGCGUACUGUUUUUCUUCAAAGUUUAAGUUCAUUGUUGGAGCAGUUGAUCAUAAACUUUAUUUCAACAAUGUUUUUUGUACAUAUUCUAAACAUGUAACAUAAGAUAUAUUUCUUGGAAAUAUUGGUUAGAAAGAAUUUUUUUUUUUUUUACAUACCUCGUGCUACUGCACUGGUUUACUGGUCGGCUGAUGAGUCAGUGUUACUACAUUACUUCUGUAUUAUAUG